AACAGAGUUUUUUUUUUUUUAAUUUUCAACCAUGAUUUGCAGCGUUAAACAAUCUCCGACGACAAGACUGGCAGCUGGGAUCAAUGGGUUUGAUUCUAGAAAAUCGCCGUCUCAAAUACAGCGAUCUUCGCUUAAACCAUCUUUACCAACUCUGAAUCUCCCGCAGAGAGCGGCUCUGUCGAUCUCGAAGCCGUUGCAUCUGUCUUCAAUCUCGAGCUUUUGUGGGUCAUUGAGGCCCGCAAAAUCCGUGACCAAAUGCCAGGCCUACGAGGCUGAUCGAUCAGAGCCGAUCGAGUCGUCUCCGGUGCCUGAAGUGGCGAAAUCGGCGGCGGGGCAGAAGGUCAAAAUCGGGAUUUACUUCGCCACCUGGUGGGCUUUGAAUGUCGUCUUCAAUAUAUACAAUAAGAAGGUGUUGAAUGCGUACCCUUAUCCAUGGUUGACCUCCACGCUUUCUCUCGCAACUGGGUCUCUGAUGAUGCUCAUUUCUUGGGCCACGAGGAUCGCCGAGACACCCAAGACCGAUUUCGAGUUCUGGAAGACCUUGUUUCCGGUUGCGGUGGCACACACAAUUGGGCAUGUGGCAGCUACUGUGAGUAUGUCCAAGGUUGCAGUUUCAUUCACUCAUAUCAUCAAGAGUGGUGAGCCUGCAUUCAGCGUAUUGGUUUCAAGGUUCCUUUUGGGUGAGACCUUCCCCACAUCGGUCUACCUUUCCCUCAUCCCCAUCAUUGGUGGUUGUGCUCUUGCAGCUGUAACAGAGCUCAACUUCAACAUGACUGGUUUUAUGGGAGCUAUGAUCUCCAACUUGGCAUUUGUUUUCCGUAACAUUUUUUCGAAGAAGGGCAUGAAGGGAAAAUCAGUUAGUGGAAUGAACUACUAUGCCUGUCUCUCAAUGUUGUCUCUCUUAAUUCUCACCCCAUUUGCAAUUGCUGUUGAGGGACCACAAAUGUGGGCAGCAGGAUGGCAAAAGGCUCUCUCAGACAUUGGACCGCAGUUCAUAUGGUGGUUGGCAGCCCAGAGCGUGUUCUAUCAUCUCUACAAUCAAGUGUCAUACAUGUCCCUCGAUGAAAUCUCCCCCUUGACAUUUAGCAUCGGUAACACCAUGAAACGGAUAUCAGUCAUAGUCUCAUCCAUUAUUAUCUUCCACACUCCUGUCCAACCUGUCAAUGCUCUUGGAGCGGCAAUUGCUGUCCUCGGAACCUUCUUAUACUCCCAGGCAAAGCAGUGAGAGGCGUGGGACCGAUGAUUUAAUUUUCGAUGUAAGUAGAUGGCGAGGGAGGAAAGCUUGGUUGAAAUGUGUUUUCUUUUUCUGUUGUUUUGUUUUUGUCUCUUUCUUUUUAGAUGUAGAGGAGAUUGAGGUUGCUGUCUUUCCGGAUCCAUGAUCGCGGGAUUUUGGUUAUACGACCCGGCACCAUCUAGCUGUAGAUAAUAAUAAUAAGAAGGAUAAAAGUAACGGUAAUAUCGAUUUGAGAUGUUAUGUAGUUUAGGAA